AGUGCGUGGGGGAUUGUCCUCCUCUGUCGUAAUGGCCGCCGCUGCAGCAGGGAUAAACAAGCAGGGCGCUGGAGCGACGAUGGAGCCUUGUCUCCGGCAUGGAAGGGGAGCCCAUGGAGGCAGCGUCAAGGUGUUGGAGUGCGGUGUGUGUGAGGACGUGUUCUCCCUGCAGGGGGAUAAGGUCCCUCGCCUUCUGCUCUGCGGUCACACGGUGUGUCAUGAUUGUCUCACCCGGCUGCCUCUGCACGGCAGAGCGGUCCGCUGCCCCUUCGACAGACAGGUCACAGAGCUGGGGGACUCUGGAGUUUGGGGUCUAAAGAAGAACUUUGCUCUGCUAGAACUCCUGGAGCGACUCCAGAACGGAGCGAGCAACCAGUCAGGAAUGGCGGAGGAUGUUUUGAAAGGGAUGGGAGAAUGUAUAAUCCGCUGCGACGAGGACGAGAGCCACACGGCGUCCGUGUACUGCACGGUGUGCGCCACGCACCUGUGCGCCGAGUGCUCCCAGCUCACCCACUCCACCCGCACGCUGGCCAAACACCGGCGAGUGCCGCUGGCUGAUAAACCGCACGAGAAGAUGCUCUGCCCGCAGCACCAGGUUCACGCCAUCGAGUUUGUCUGUCUGGAGGAGGCCUGCCAAACGGGGCCUCUCAUGUGCUGCGUGUGUAAGGAAUACGGCAAGCACCAGGGACAUAAGCACGCCCUCCUGGAGUCAGAAGCCAAUCAGAUCCGUGCGUCCAUCCUGGACAUGGCCCACUGCAUCCGUACGUUCACCGACGAGGUGUCGGAGUACUCCAGGAAGCUGGUGGGCAUCGUGCAGCAGAUCGAGGGCGGCGAGCAGAUCGUAGAGGAUGGAGUCGGAAUGGCGCACACGGAGCAUGUUCCCGGCACAGCAGAGAGCGCUCGCUCCUGUGUCCGCGCUUACUUCGCCGACCUCCAUGAGACCCUGUGUCGGCAGGAGGAGAUGGCCCUGAGCGUGGUGGACGCUCACGUCAGGGAGCGGCUGAUCUGGCUGAGGCAGCAGCAGGAGGACAUGACCAUCCUGCUGUCUCAGGUCUCCACUGCCUGCCUGCACUGCGAGAAAACGCUGCAACAGGACGACUGCAGAGUGGUGCUGGCAAAGCAGGAGAUCAACUGUUUGUUGGAGACGCUUCAGAAGCAGCAGCACCAGUUCACUGAGCUGGCAGAUCACGUUCAGCUGGACGCCGGCAUCCCUGUCACCUUCACCAAGGACAACAGAGUCCACAUCGGCCCAAAGAUGGAGAUCCGAGUCGUGACUCUGGGACUCGACGGGGCGGGAAAGACCACCAUCCUUUUUAAGCUGAAGCAGGAUGAGUUCAUGCAGCCCAUCCCGACCAUCGGUUUCAAUGUGGAGACGGUUGAAUAUAAAAACCUGAAGUUCACAAUCUGGGACGUUGGCGGGAAGCAUAAGCUGAGGCCUCUGUGGAAGCACUAUUAUCUAAACACUCAGGCUGUGGUGUACGUGAUCGACAGCUGCCACAGAGACCGACUGAUGGAGGCGCACAGCGAGCUGGCCAAACUACUGACGGAGAAGGAGCUGCGCGACGCUUUGCUGCUCAUCUUUGCAAACAAGCAGGACGUUCCCGGCGCGCUGUCUGUGGAGGAGAUGACGGAGCUGCUGAGCCUCCACAAGCUGUGCUGCGGGAGGAGCUGGCAUAUCCAGGGCUGCGACGCCCGCAGCGGGAUGGGACUCCACGAGGGGCUGGACUGGCUCUCCAGACAGCUGGUGGCAGCAGGGGUCCUGGAUGUAGCCUAAAAGCAUCAUCAUCAUCAUCUUCUUCUCCGUAUACUGACUAAUCCAAAUAAAAACCCAACCCUCCUAACCCCAACAUCUACUCUCUUCAAACCUCCAGGCUGCGGCUGAAACCCUGAUCCUCCAUCUUUCUUUCUUUGGGGAAUUACGCUGUUACACUUUCUAAAUAUCAGAAUGAACCGGUCAUUCGCGACCAUCCACAUAACGAAGCGUUUCCGGAUGCCUCCUUCCUUAACUAGCUGAACCCAUUUACUCCAAAACGCUCCUUCUUCCUCCAGUCUGGAGCAGAUAUGCUCUUUCAAACCUUCUUAUUCUGUAUAUUGUUUAAUCCACUAACCAUUAGAUAGUUCAGGUAAACGACUACAGUGACCUUGAAGUAAUCAGAAAUAUUAAUCCGUUAUCGCUUCAGUGAGUAGAGUGGCUUCUAGUUGCUGUUCAUUUCAUCGCCUGACGUAAAACAGUAUCUGCUGUGGUGCAAUUGGCUCUUUUUCGUCAAGCUUGUUUUGUUUUUUUCUGUAAAGCUUGUGAACCUGUUUGAAACUCCAGCUGGAUUUGAAGGGUUGCACCGCUUGAGCGCUUUCUGUUACGCAGCAACUGUUUACUGAAUUUAUUUAUAGACAGGAAGAGGAUGUUUCUGUGACCAGAGAAUGAAAACGAGAUUUCAACCAACUACGUUUAAAAAAAAACAGGACAUAAGUGCAAGUAUCUUCUCGCCUGUUGUUGAUUUAUCUGGUCGUAGUUCUACGAUGUGAAACCUUAACACUGACACUUCUUAAUGAGAAACCGCGGUUUGAGUUUAUUCAUUGCUAUGUAAUGUUUACUAUUUGUAUCCAUGUAUUAUAAAAAGAAAAAAGAUGCACGUGUGAAAAGCCUUUUCGUGUCGUUUGUGAGAACCGAAGCAAAGUACGCAGCCAAACCUUUGUUACAAGUGGACUUGAUGACUUUGGCUUUUGUAAAUUAUAAAGAAUGUGACGCUGUAAAAAAGAAUUAAACUAUUUGACAUCA